AGUGAUGAGUCCUGUGGUAAGAAGUUGUUGUGCACAGCCUGGGACAUUCGGGAAGACAGCCAGACAAGCGAGACCACAUUGAAGCAGCCUGGAGAUGAGGAGGUGGUAACCAAGGCCAGUCUGCACCAUACAGGCUCUCCGGUGAGAAUGUCGAAAGGGAAAAAUGCAGCUACUUGUUCGCAUGGGAACAACAACGACUAUGAGCUGUCCUUGGAUCUCAAGAACAAACAGAUUGAAAUGUUGGAGCACAAGUAUGGUGGUCACCUAGUUUCCCGAAGAGCUGCAUGCACUAUCCAGACUGCUUUCCGUCAGUAUCAGCUCAGUAAGAACUUUGAAAAGAUCCGAGACUCACUCCUCCAAAGCCGACUGCCCAGGCGUAUCUCCCUGCGAAAGGUGCGAGUGCACAACCCUGAUAACUUUGCCUCUGCUGAAAAGGCUCUUCUUGAGAGCUACAACCUGAUGGGCAUUCCCUUGGUAAGGUCUCCUUCACUUCCAGCCACUAUCAGUGGGGCAUUGACUGAAUUGGAAGACUCCUUCACUGAGCAGGUACAAUCUUUGGCCAAAUCUAUUGAUGAUGCUCUUAGCACGUGGAGUUUGAAGACCAUGUGUGCCUUCCCAGAAGCUGGCUCUUAUCAGAUCCGAGAGACUUUCAUGCAGCAAAAUCCAGAACUAGAACCUCCAAAUCUGGAAGAAGGAGAAAAUGAGGAAGGGCAGUUAGGGACAUUGCCGAAGAGCAGCAGCACGUUGAUGAUGGCUUUCAGAGAUGUAACUGUUCAAAUAGACAAUAACAAUAUCUCAGUCUCAUCAUCGACUUCUUUGUCUAUGUCCAACUGUCUUGCAGGGGCUCAAAAUACAAAACCAGAAGAAGAUCGGGGUGGUGGGGAAAGAAUUCCAGAGCCUCCUUCUCAGGAGGUACCAGCAAAUGAGUCUCAGCUUGUUCAGAACUCCUUCCCGGAGGUCAAUGGAGAAGGAGUGGGUAAGGAACUAGUUGGGCCUGUGCAGGCUGAAACAGAACCAGCUGACCUGUCAGAACAGCUGAGCAGCAGUAGCACGUCUACCUCAGCAAAGUCUGUGUCAGAGGUCUCUUCUAAGGAGGCCUUGCAAGCCAUGAUCCUCAGCCUUCCUAGGUACUAUUGCGAGAAUCCAGCCAGCUGUCGCUCUCCGACCUUGUCAACGGACACCAUGAGGAAAAGACUCUACCGCAUUGGACUCAACCUCUUUAACAUUAAUCCUGACAAGGGCAUUCAGUUCUUGAUCUCCCGCGGUUUUAUUCCAGACACCCCUAUUGGGGUGGCACAUUUUCUGCUUCAGAGGAAGGGUCUUAGCCGGCAAAUGAUUGGAGAGUUCCUGGGGAACAGCAAGAAGGUCUUCAACCGUGAUGUCCUUGACUGUGUCGUGGACGAGAUGGAUUUCUCCAACAUGGAGCUGGAUGAGGCUCUACGGAAGUUUCAAGCACACAUUCGCGUUCAGGGUGAGGCACAGAAAGUGGAGCGUCUUAUAGAAGCCUUCAGCCAGAGAUACUGUAUGUGUAACCCGGAAAUUGUACAGCAGUUCCAUAAUCCCGACACCAUCUUCAUUCUGGCCUUUGCUGUUAUCCUGCUCAACACGGACAUGUAUAGCCCUAGCAUCAAACCUGACCGCAAGAUGAUGCUGGAGGACUUCAUCCGUAACCUACGAGGGGUGGACGAUGGAGCAGACAUUCCUCGAGAUAUGGUCGUGGGAAUAUACGAACGGAUCCAACAGAAAGAACUGAAAUCAAAUGAAGAUCAUGUGACUUACGUGACAAAGGUGGAAAAAUCCAUCGUAGGCAUGAAAAGUGUCCUUUCUGUCCCUCACCGGCGUCUAGUUUGCUGUAGUCGUCUCUUCGAGGUGACUGAUGUGAACAAACUGCAGAAACAAGCAGCACAUCAGAGGGAGGUCUUUCUCUUCAAUGACCUUUUGCUGAUCUUGAAGCUGUGUCCCAAGAAGAAGACCUCUUCAACCUACACGUUUUGCCGAGCUGUACCUCUCCUGGGAAUGCAGUUUCAUCUCUUUGAGAAUGAAUAUUACCCUCAUGGGAUCACCUUGGUUAGUCCUCUUUCAGGAUCCGAGAAGAAGUUAGUUCUGCAUUUUUGCGCUCUCGGCUCGGAGGAACUGCAAAAAUUUCUAGAGGAUCUGAAGGAAUCUAUUUGUGAAGUAACAGAGAUGGAACAGAUACGCAUUGAGUGGGAGUUAGAGAAGCAGCACGGGGUAAAGACCACACCUGCCAAAUCAAACGGAUCCCAGCUGGACUUUCAGCCUAAGCAGGAGUCCCCCAUCGGUAAGCACGAGUCACCUGAGAAGGACACAGGAGGCGUGGUGGAGGCUUCAGACGUCCCAGCACAGCGGCCCCCAGGGGCCAGAGAAUGGAGCUCCGGGCAGCACGGCUCCUAA